AUGCCAACAGAAGAAGAUUUCAUCUCACAAUAUACGGUAAUAUGUCCAACAGCCGUUUGGAAUAGUACAUUCACGGUGAUUGCAGGUAUAUCUGGAUUUGGAGGAAACACGGCUGUCCUAUUAAAUGGUCCUAUUGAUGUAUUUUUCGCUGAAAAUAGCACAUUUUAUGUCGCUGAUUACUAUAACAAUAGAAUUCAAAAGUUCAAUGGUGGAUCACAAACAGCAACAACAAUUACCAAUUUAUCUCUUUCUAAUCCGAGUAGUGUUCAUGUUACCAAUAAUGGCGUAUUAUACGUUUUGGAUACCAGUAAUUAUAGAGUUCUUAAAUGGAUUAACAAUGUUGUUACAGUAGUGGCUGGUGGUCGUGGUUCUGGCACAGCACUAAAUCAAAUAACGACGAGUUAUGCAAUGCAAGUUGAUGCUAAUUUCAAUAUAUAUGUAUCAGAAUAUUCAAAUAAUCGAGUCACUUUAUGGACUUCUGGUAAUCCAAAUAUCAGUCAAGUGGUGGCUGGUGGAUAUGGAGCUGGCAGCUCAUCAGAAAAACUUAAUGGUCCGUACGGAAUAUACGUUGACAACAGUAGUACAUUAUUUAUUGCCGAUGCCAACAAUCAUCGAAUUCAAAAAUGGCUUCCCGGUGCAGUUGUUGGUACUACUGUUGCUGGACAAAGUGGUACUGCUGGUAGCUGGUCAUAUCAAUUAAAUUUUCCAACACAUGUUAUGAUGGAUCAAUAUGGUUAUCUGUAUAUAAUGGAUGCUAAUAAUAUGAGAAUUCAAAAAUGGUUUCCAGGAGCAACGUAUGGAAUAACUGUUCUAUCAUCGAAUACUAUGAGCGAUCCACGAGGAAUACGUUUUGAUCCUUAUGGUAAUAUAGUCGUGGCUGACCUUUCUAUGGAUCGAGUCAUUUCAUUUGCCAUGGUUUGUCCACCAAACGCAUCAACAACUGUAGCACCAACACCGCAAUCAGUUACUCCAGUAUGUCGAACAGCUGUGUGGAAUCAAACAUUUUCAGUCAUAGGUGGAGUGUUAGGAAAUACAGGAACGACACCACCAUUACUCAACACUCCUCAUAAUAUUUAUAUAGAUAUCUAUGGAACUCUGUACGUUGCUGAUUGUACCAAUCACAGGAUUCAAAGAUUUCCAUACGGCUCAAGACAAGGUACAACAGUGGCUGGUAUAUCAGGUAGUCCUGGUUCCAGUUAUUCCGAGCUUUACUAUCCAACAUCAAUCUAUGUUGACCCAAGCAAUACAAUGUAUAUAUUAGACUGGACUUAUUGCAGAGUAUUGAAAUGGUUACUAGGGGAUCCACUUGGUUUUGUUGUUGCCGGUGGUCAUGGAUGUGGUGGAUCAUUAACUCAAAUAGACAAUAGUUACGGUAUGUUUGUUGAUAAUCAAAGUAAUAUCUAUAUAUCCGAAUACCGAAAUCAUCGAGUGGUCAAAUGGAUUCCAACUAAUACCACAUCUGGAAUCUUGGUUGCUGGUGGAUAUGGUAUUGGUAGCACUCCAGAAAAAUUAAAUUAUCCAUGGGGAGUAUAUGUCGACAGCGGUCAGGGUGUAUAUGUCGUUGAUCGUUCAAAUCAUCGAGUUCAAUUCUGGGCAUCUGGAGUGGUGUCAGGUGUUACUGUCGCCGGUAUGAAUGGUAAUGCAGGUCCAUGGUCUUAUCAAUUUAGCAGUCCAACUGCAAUCACUUUCGAUCCAGAUGGCUAUAUGUAUGUUUUGGAUACUGGUAAUAAUCGAGUUCAACAAUGGUGGCCUGGAGCUGCUUAUGGAAAAACAGUAAUGUCGGCAUCACUCAACAGUGCAUAUGGAUUACAAUUUGAUCGCAGUGGAAAUAUGAUUAUCUGUGAUACAAGUAACCAUCGAAUUGUAUCUUUUAGUAUGACAUGCCCGGCUUCAACGACAACAACGACCGCACCACCAACUGCAUCAACCGCUCAAUUAUGUCCUACAGCUACUUGGAAUGCAACAGUUAAUGUUCAAGCUGGAUUGACAUCAAUUUUCGGAUCAACAAAUACUAAACUGUAUAAUCCAGCUAAUAUGUAUUUUGAUGGAUAUGCAAAUAUGUAUGUCGUCGAUACUAGUAAUCAUAGAAUUCAAUUAUUCGAACUAGGAUCGGUUAUUGGUACAACUGUUGCUGGUAAUUCUGGUUCUUCUGGCACUGGAUAUUCAGAACUCAGCAGUCCAUCUGCUAUUUAUGUCGAUGCAAACAGAAUAAUGUAUAUCUUAGAUACUUCAAACUAUCGAGUUUUGAAAUGGACAUUAGGAGAACCAAUGGGUUAUAUUGUUGCUGGUAGUCAAUCGGCGGGUUCAGCAUUAACUCAAAUUUCAACAAGUAAUGGUAUGUUUGUUGACAAUCAAUAUAAUAUUUACGUGUCAGACAACGGUAACAAUCGUGUCACUCUAUGGUUGGCAACUAAUAGAACUGCCGGAAUUGUGGUGGCUGGUGGAAACGGUGUUGGUAAUACACCGGCAAAAUUAAAUAAUCCAUGGGGAAUAUAUGUUGAUGCAAAUCAAGCAGUAUUUAUAGCUGAUCGAGGUAACCACAGAGUACAACGUUGGGAUAAUGGAGUACUUAGUGGUGUUACUGUUGCUGGAACAACUGGUAGUUCGGGUUCUUGGUCUUAUCAAUUUAAUAAUCCUACAGCACUCAUAGUUGAUCCUCUUGGUUAUAUAUAUGUUUUAGAUUCUACUAAUGCACGAAUUCAAAAAUGGUGGCCCGGUGCAUUUUAUGGAUCAACAGUUUUUGCAGCAUCAUUUUCUAGUCCACUAGGAAUGCAACUCGAUCGUCUUAACAAUCUCGUUAUAGCUGAUACAAAUAAUCAUCGAAUUGUUUCUUUCGGUCUUCUAUGUCCACCUACAACGACAACAACAGCACUACCACCCACUUCAACAACAUCUCAAAUAUGUGCCACAGCUGUUUGGAGUCAAGGUUCUUCAUCGUUGGCCGGAUUAUCAGGAAAUGUGGGUUCAUCAACAUCACUACUUAAUAGUCCAUCUGAUGUUGCUUUUGAUCGAUAUCUUAAUCUAUACGUUGCCGAUACUGCAAAUCAUAGAAUUCAACAAUUUAGUUCAGGAUCAUUGAUUGGAACAACAGUAGCUGGUGUGUCAGGUUCUUCUGGUAGUGGAUAUUCACAACUCAAUAGUCCAUCUGCUAUUUAUGUCGAUGCAAACAGAACAAUGUAUAUCUUAGAUAUGUCCAACUAUCGAGUUUUGAAAUGGACAUUUGGAGAUCCAUUAGGCUAUAUUGUUGCUGGUAAUCAAGCAUCAGGUACAGCAUUAACUCAAAUUACGACAAGUUAUGCCAUGUUUGUUGAUAAUCAAAACAACGUUUAUGUAUCUGAAUUUGGUAAUCAUCGUGUCACCCUAUGGUUAACAACUAAUACAACGGCUGGAAUACUGGUGGCUGGUGGAAAUGGUCUUGGUAGUACACCACAAAAGUUAAAUAAUCCUUGGGGAGUUUAUGUUGAUGUGAGCGGUACAAUUUUCGUAGUUGAUAAAAGCAAUCAUCGAGUGCAAAGUUGGUAUUCAGGAGCAUUAUCCGGUACUACUGUUGCUGGUUCAAGUACGGAUCAAGGUCCUUAUGCUUAUCAAUUUAAUAAUCCUACAGGAAUUACAUUUGAUCCAUUCGGUUAUAUGUAUGUGCUAGAUUCCGGAAAUUCACGUGUUCAACGAUGGCUUCCAGGAGGCACUUAUGGAACUACAGUCAUAGCUACACCAAUGAGUUCUCCAUCUGCAAUUAAAGUUGGUCCUAGUGGUAAUAUGGUUAUAGCUGAUACGUCGAACUAUUAUAUUUUAUCUUUUACUAUGACAUGUCCACCAACAUCUACAACAACGACUGUACCGCCAACACAAGGAACAACUCCAGUAUGCGCUACAGCAGUUUGGGAUCAAGCAUUUAAUACUUUGGCUGGAGCACAGUUAUAUUCAGGAUCAACAGUAACUCUAUUCAGUAGUCCAUCGGAUAUAGGUUUUGAUGGAUAUCAGAAUAUGUAUGUUGUUGACACUGGUAAUCAUCGAAUUCAACGUAUUCCAUCAGGAUCAAAUGUAGGAACAACAGUAGCUGGUGUGGCGGCAGGUUCUUCUGGUAGCAGAUUAGCAGAACUCUCUUCUCCAUAUGCAAUACAAGUUACUACAAAUCAAACAAUGUUUAUAUUAGAUACAAAUAAUUAUCGAGUUUUAAAAUGGACAGUUGGCGAUACAUUUGGAUUGGUAGUUGCUGGUGGUCAAGGUUCAUGUUCAACAUUCAAUUGCAUUGCAAUAAGCUAUGCUUUAUUCGUCGAUAAUCAAUAUAAUACUUAUGUAUCUGAAAGCGGUAAUCAUCGAGUCACAAUGUGGCUUACGACGAAUACAAGUGGUGGACAAUUAGUAGCCGGUGGAAAUGGUGUUGGUAAUACAGCAGAUAAGCUUAAUUCUCCAUGGGGUAUUUAUGUAGAUGUUAACGGAAGAGUUUUUGUUGUCGAUCGAAGUAAUCAUAGAGUACAAAGAUGGGAUGUUGGUGCUGCUGUUGGUGUUACUGUUGCUGGAUCAACGAGUGAUUCUGGUCCAUGGUCAUAUCAAUUUAGUAGUCCAACAUCAAUCACAUUCGAUCAAUUUGGUUAUAUGUAUGUAUUGGAUUAUAACAACGAUCGCGUGCAAAAAUGGUUUCCAGAGGCAAGUUUUGGAAUUACUGUGGUCGCAGCAAGUUUGGCAAAUCCACGUGCAAUGAGAUUUGAUCGUCUAAGUAAUAUAGUUGUGGCCGAUACAGGUGCCCAUCGAAUUUUAUCAUUUGGACUUACAUGUCCACCUGCCACAACAACAACAGUAGUACCACCAACUCAACCGUUUGUACCAUUAUGUACAACAGCCACAUGGAAUCAAACAUUUUAUAAUUUAGCUGGAGCCUUAUCAACAUCAGGAAGUACAGCGACUUUACUUGCUUAUCCAUAUGAUGUUGCUUUUGAUGGAUAUGACUAUGUGUAUGUUGUUGAUACUAAUAAUCAUCGUAUACAAAGAUUUGCUCCAGGCUCAAAUAUUGGUGUAACUGUAGCUGGUUUCUCGCUUGGAUCUGGUACAUCACGUGCUGAACUUUAUUAUCCAUCAGCAAUUGCAGUCACACCAAAUGGAACGAUGUUUAUUUUAGAUAAUUAUAAUUUUCGUGUUUUAAAAUGGCAAGUUGGAGAUCAACUAGGCUAUGUAGUUGCUGGUGGUCAUGGUAAUGGUUCAUUAUUUACUCAGAUGGGAUAUAGCCGUGGAAUUUUUGCUGAUGAUCAAUAUAAUGUUUAUUUAUCUGAACAAACAAAUCAUCGAGUAACACUUUGGUCUGUUAGCAACACAACUGCAGGGCAAUUGGUCGCUGGUGGAAAUGGUGUUGGUAACACAGCAGAUAAACUUAAUUCUCCAUGGGGUAUUUAUGUUAAUGUCAAUAGAGCAAUUUUUGUUGUUGAUCGAAGUAAUCACAGAGUACAACGAUGGGACCUAAGUGCUGCUAAUGGUAUUACUGUUGCAGGAUCAACAAGUGAUUCAGGUCCAUGGUCAUAUCAAUUUAACAAUCCAACAGCAAUCACAUUCGAUCAAUAUAGUUAUAUGUACAUAUUGGAUUAUACUAAUAAUCGUGUACAAAAAUGGCUUUCAGGAGCUAUUUAUGGUACGACUGUUAUCAUAGCAUCGUUUAGUAAUCCAACUGGAUUGAAAAUUCAUCGUCUUGAUAAUGAUGAUAUGUAUUCAUCGUACAAAUUUAAUAUACUUUCAUCUGAACUUUUAGCGGCUUCAACAACUACAACUACGGCACCAUUUCCAACAACAAUUCCUUUAUGUGCAACAGCUACAUGGAACCAAUCAAUUUCUCUUGUGGCUGGUGCAACAUCGAGUUUUGGAUUUACAGCAACAUUACUCUAUAAUCCUUAUUAUGUAGCUUUUGAUGGAUAUCACAAUAUGUAUGUUGUUGAUUUUAACAAUCAUAGAGUACAACAAUAUCAAGAGGGUUCAUUUAUUGGAACAACAGUAGCUGGAUUUUCACUUUCAUCUGGUUCAUCACGUUCAGAAUUCUUUUAUCCAGUAGCAAUUCAUGUCACACGCAAUCAAACUAUGUUUGUCUUGGAUAGAGAUAAUUAUAGAGUGCUCAAAUGGCAAGUCGGAGAUCCAAUUGGUUAUGUUAUUGCCGGAGGUCAUGGUGGAGGAUCAUUAUUUACUCAAAUGGGAACAAGCUAUGAUAUAUUUCUCGAUUCUAACUAUAAUCUUUAUGUGUCUGAAAAUUUUAAUAAUCGAAUAACACUUUGGUCUAAUGGAAAUACGACUGCUGGACGAUUGGUGGCCGGUGGAAAUGGUGCUGGUAAUAGUGCGGAUAAAUUCAAUGGACCAUGGGGAAUACAUGUUGAUGCUUCUAAUACACUAUAUGUCGUCGAUCGUUCAAAUCAUAGAGUCCAAAGAUGGCUUUCUGGAGCAAGUCUUGGUGAUACAGUUGCUGGCUCAACUAGUGAUUCUGGUCCAUGGUCAUAUCAAUUAAAUAGUCCUACAAUAAUUACAAUGGAUUCAUAUGGAUACAUUUAUAUAAUGGAUUCUGGCAACGGUCGUGUGCAAAAAUGGUGGCCUGGAGCACCUUAUGGAAUCACUGUAGCAGCAUCAACAACAUUGGUUAGUGCCUAUGGAUUAGCAUUGGAUCCGUAUGGUAACAUAAUUGUAGCUGAUACAACAAAUCAUCGAGUCGUACGAUUUAAUUUACUGUGCCUCGCUAGUACGACAACAACUAUAGCACCACCAACUCAACCAUUUGUUUCAUUGUGUUCAACGCCCAGUUGGAAUGCAUCUUUUUCUACUGUAGCUGGUGCUGCAUCAGCUCCAGGUAGUAUAGCAACAUUACUCAACAGUCCAUAUGAUCUUGCUUUUGAUGGAUAUGAUAAUAUGUAUGUUGUUGAUACGAAUAAUAAUCGCGUACAGAAAUAUCUAGCCGGAUCAUUUAUUGGUGCAACAGUAGCUGGUUUUACACUUACAACAGGUUCAACGCGUGCACAACUGUAUGCUCCAACAGCCAUUUCGGUUACACCAAAUGGUACAAUGUUUAUUGUGGAUGAUUAUAAUUUUCGCGUUUUAAGAUGGCAAGAUGGAGAUCAACUAGGCUAUGUAGUUGCUGGUGGUCGUGGUCUAGGUUCAACAUAUGAUAAGUUAGGACAUUGUGGUGGUAUAUUUGUCGAUGAACACUAUAAUGUCUAUGUGUCAGAUAAUUCAAAUCAUCGAGUAACAUUAUGGUAUUCUGGUAAUACAACAGCAGGAGGAUUGGUGGCUGGCGGAAAUGGUGUUGGAAGUAGUGCAGAUAAAUUAAAUUCUCCUUGGGGAAUAUAUGUCAACGCCAAUGGAUCAAUUUAUAUUGUCGAUCGAGGCAAUCAUCGUGUUCAACUAUGGAUUGUAGGUGGAAAUGCUGGAAUAACGGUUGCUGGAUCAACUGGGAGUGCAGGUUCAUGGUCAUAUCAACUUAGUAAUCCAACAACUGUCGCUUUGGAUCAGUAUGGUGACAUAUAUGUGCUAGAUCAAGGCAAUAGCCGCGUGCAAAAAUGGUCUCCAGGAGCAACGUAUGGAACAACUGUUAUAUCGGCAUCUAUGAGCAGUCCAUAUGGUAUGAGAAUUGGUCGUCUUGGUAAUAUACUUAUCACUGAUACAAAUAAUCAUCGUGUUAUAUCGUUUCCAUUGAUAUGCCCACCAACUACUACAACGACAACAGCACCACCAAGUCAAACAAGUGCUUCACUUUGUCCAACUGCAGCAUGGAAUUCAUCAUUUAUUACCAGAGCUGGUGUAUUAUCGUAUUCAGGAUCUAGGGCAACUCUGCUUUAUUAUCCUUAUGAUAUGACUUUUGAUGGAUAUCAAAAUAUGUAUGUGGUCGAUUGUUAUAAUCAUAGAAUUCAACGAUACCCAGCUGAAUCAAAUACUGCUCAAACUGUGGCUGGUGUUUCACUUACAUCGGGUAGUGGACUUUCUGAACUAUCAUAUCCAUCAGCAAUCUACGUUGAUUCUAACGGAGCAAUGUACAUAUUGGAUACUUAUAACUUUCGAGUACUUAAAUGGCAAAUUGGAGAUCCACUUGGUGCUGUCAUCGUUGGUGGUCGAGGUUCUGGUUCUACAUUGGAUAAAAUAGGUUAUAGUUAUGGAAUGUUUGUUGAUAAUCAAUAUAAUGUUUAUGUAUCGGACAAUGCUAAUCAUCGAGUAAUAAAAUGGCUUAAUGGAAAUACAACUGCUGGUAUAUUGAUAGCUGGUGGUAAUGGUGCGAGCAAUACACCAGCUACAUUAAAUGGACCUUGGGGAGUUUAUGUCGAUAGUGCCAAUACACUUUAUGUAGUUGAUCGUAAUAAUCAUCGAGUGCAAAGAUGGCUAUUGGGUGCUGCUGUUGGUGUUACUGUUGCUGGAUCAACUAGUGAAUCAGGCCCAUGGUCUUAUCAAUUCAAUAAUCCAACUGCAAUUAUAUUUGAUCAAUAUGGUUAUAUGUAUGUUUUAGAUCAAAACAAUAACAGAAUUCAAAAAUGGCUUCCAGGAGCAGCUUAUGGAACAACUGUCUUAAGUGUAUCAAUGAAUAUUCCAAUGGGCAUGCAAUGGGAUCUAUUAGGAAAUUUGGUUGUAGCUGAUUCGUCAAAUCAUCGAGUUCUUUCUUUUCCUGUAAUAUGUCCCGGAACAACUACAACAGCUGCACCACAAUCAAUUCUAUCAACUGUUCCACUAUGUGCAACAGCUGUAUGGAAUCAAACAUAUUUGCUUAGAGUUGGCUCAACAGCAACUUUUGGAACUACAGGAACCUUACUGAAUAGUCCAUAUGAUGUCACUUUUGAUGGAUAUGAUAAUAUGUAUGUAGUUGAUACAUCUAAUCAUCGUAUUCAGAUUUAUCCACAAGACUCAAGUAGUCCAAUGACUCUUGGUAUCACUGGUUCUGCUGGUUCUGCACGAGCUCAGUUCAACACUCCAUAUGCGAUACGUGUUACUAGAAAUGCGACCAUGUACAUUUUAGAUGGUUCCAACUAUAGAGUGCUUCGUUGGCAACGAGGAGAACCACUCGGUUUUGUUGUCGCUGGAGGACAAGGUUCUGGUUCAGCAUUCACUCAAAUAGGAACAAGUUAUGCUUUAUUUCUUGAUAGUCAAUAUAAUAUCUAUGUAUCGGAAUACGGUAAUAACAGAGUUACUAUGUGGACUGCAGGCAAUACUACUGCUAGUGUUUUGGUAGCUGGUGGUAAUGGUGUUGGUAGUACAGCAGAUAGAUUAAAUGGACCAUGGGGAAUCUAUGUUGAUAGUAGUCAUGCUGUAUAUGUUGUCGAUCGAAAUAAUCAACGAGUACAAAAAUGGAGUUAUGGAUCAGUUAUCGGUGUUACUGUUGCUGGAAUGACUGGCACUUCAGGUCCAUGGUCUUAUCAAUUCAAUAAUCCAACUGCAAUUAUGUUCGAUAUAUAUGGUUUUAUGUAUGUGUUAGAUACUGGCAAUAACCGCGUGCAAAAAUGGUGGCCUGGAGAAAUAUAUGGAAUAACUGUUAUAUCGGUAACUAUGAGCAAUCCAUGUGGCAUGAGAUUUAAUCGUCUUGGCUAUAUUUUUAUUGCUGACACAUCUUAUCAUCGAGUUUUGUCCUUUGCCCCAACAUGCCCUACUACAACGACAACUCCACCACCAUCAACAACUCAAAUGGCAGUUACACUUUGUCCAACAGCGACAUGGAAUUCAACGUUUACUCAACUAGUUGGUGGAACCUCACUUACAGGAUCUACACCAUAUUUAUUGUCUAGUCCAUAUGAUGUGACCGUUGAUGCAUAUCAAAAUAUCUAUGUAGUAGAUUAUAAUAAUCAUAGAAUUCAACGAUUUCCAUUUGGAUCUAUUCGUGGUGAGACUGUAGCUGGUGUUUCAGCCUCUUUAGGUACUGGAUUUUCUCAACUCUAUUAUCCUACAGCGAUCUAUGUUGAUUCCAAUGCAACAAUGUAUAUUUUGGAUAGUAACAACUAUAGAGUUCUUCAAUGGAACGUUGGAGAACUACUUGGUACUGUUAUCGUUGGUGGUCGAGGUUCUGGUUCUACAUUAGAUAAAAUAGCUUUAAGCUAUGGAAUGUUUGUUGAUAAUCAAUAUAAUGUUUAUGUAUCGGAAAAUGCUAAUAAUCGAGUGACAAAAUGGUUUAAUGGAAAUACAACUGCUGGUGUAUUGGUAGCUGGUGGUAAUGGCGUUGGAAGUACAGCAGAUAAGCUAAAUGGACCAUGGGGAAUCUUUGUGGAUGGUAGCAAUACAGUUUUUAUAGUUGAUCGUAAUAAUCAUCGAGUACAAAAAUGGGUAUCAGGUGUUACUGCUGGUGUUACUAUUGCUGGAUCAAAUGGUGAUCCAGGUCCAUGGUCUUAUCAAUUCAAUAAUCCAACUGCAAUUAUGUUCGAUAUAUAUGGUUUUAUGUAUGUGUUGGAUAGUAGUAAUAGCCGCGUACAAAAAUGGUGGCCUGGAGGCAGUUUUGGUACAACUGUGUUAUCAGCAACUUUGAGUGGUCCUAUAGGAAUGACUAUUGAUCGUGCUGGUAGUCUCUACGUGGCUGAUACAGGCUAUCAUCGAAUCCUGACGUUUUCUUUAUGGUGUCCUACUGCAUCAACAGUAACUGCGGCACCGCCUACUCUAACAACAACUCUUAUGUGUCCAACAGCAAUUUGGAAUUCAAAUGUUAGUAUCAUAAUAGGUGCAACGUCGCUGGCAGGAUCUACACCGACAUUUCUCUCUAGUCCAUAUGGUGUUAAUUUCGAUGGAUACCAAAAUGUUUAUGUUGCCGAUACUGCAAAUCACAGAAUUCAACAAUAUUCACCUAAUUCAAAUGUCGGAAGAACAGUAGCCGGUGUCACUAGUUCUUCUGGUACUUCACUUGCACAACUCAACAAUCCAUCAGCAAUUAGUUUCGAUGCACAUGGAAUAAUGUAUAUCUUAGAUACAUUCAAUUAUCGAGUUUUGAAAUGGACCUUAGGUGAUACUUUUGGUACUGUAGUUGUUAAUGGUCGAGGGUUAGGUACAACAUUGGAUAAGAUUGGAGUUAGUUAUGCAAUGUUUCUUGACAGUCAAAAUAAUAUAUAUGUAUCUGAAUAUGGAAAUCAUCGAGUCACCAAGUGGUGGGCAGGAAAUAAUACUGUUGGACAAUUGGUGGCAGGUACUUCAGUUCUUGGUAAUUCUUCCGACAAGCUUAAUUAUCCUGUUGGAGUCUAUGUCGAUGCCAAUAGUGUAGUGUAUGUCUCCGAUCGAUCAAAUCAUCGAAUUCAAAAAUGGUCUCUUGGUGCAGCUAUUGGUAUUACAAUCGCUGGACAGAGUUCUAUUGCAGGUCCUUGGUCUUAUCAACUCAAUUUACCUACGGCAAUCACAUUCGAUCAAUAUGGUUAUAUGUAUAUAUUGGAUGGUGGCAAUUCAAGAAUUCAACGAUGGCUACCAGGAAUGACUUAUGGAGUAACAGUUGUAGCAGGUGCAUUAGGUGCAACACCAUAUGGAAUGAAUUUCGAUUUUUCUGGUAAUAUAAUUGUUGCUGAUACAUCUUAUCAUCGACUUAUUUCAUUCAUCGUAGAGUGUCCCAAUGCAACUACGGUUACUGCACCGAUGCCCACUUUACCUCAGAACAUAGCAUGUCAAACAGGUGUUUUUAAUACUACCUGGAUAGUAGCGGCUGGCAAUCCACCUUCGUCUGGUUCAGCAGCAACUUAUUUGAACAAUCCUAUAGAUAUAUAUGUUGAUGGUAAUCAAUAUAUUUAUGUUGCUGAUUAUGCAAAUAAUCGAAUUCAAAAAUUUCCACCAGCGGGAACAACGAUAGGACCACCAACUGGACAUACAGUAGCUGGCUUUACACAAACUGGUGGGAAUGGAUAUUCAGAAUUAACUAAUCCAACAUCAAUAUUUGUCGAUCCUAAUGGAGUCAUGUACAUUGCAGAUUCGUCCAAUUAUAGAAUUCAAAAAUGGUUACCAAAUCAACCAUUAGGUUUUACUGUAGCCGGUGGACGAGGCAAUGGAGCAACAUUAGAUAAAAUUGGACUUGUUUAUGCAUUUUUUGUUGAUAAUUCUGGCAAUAUAUAUAUAUCGGAAUAUAGUAAUCAUCGUGUGACAUUAUGGCGUGCUUUCAAUACAACUAUUGGUCAACUGGUUGCAGGUCUUGGUAGUGCUGGUGCUGCGCUGAAUCAAUUAAAUUCUCCUUGGGGAAUAUUUGUCGAUUCAAAUGCAGCAAUAUAUAUUUCCGAUCGAGCCAAUCAUCGAGUUGUAACAUGGAGUGCUACUAGUGGUACAAUUCUUGCUGGUACAACAGGCUCAGCUGGAUCAUCAGCAUCUCUGUUGAGUUCUCCUACUGCAAUUACUGUUGAUUCUAACAAUUAUCUAUAUGUUAUGGAUGCUGGUAAUAAUCGAAUACAAAGAUUUACUCCUGGUUCUUCAGUUGGUGAUACACUUGCAUCUAUGGCUUUUAUCAAUCCAAGAGGAAUGCGACUUGAUUCGAUUAGUAAUCUUUAUAUUGCAGAUAUGAGUAAUCAUCAAAUCAUCUUAUUUAUAUGUGUCUAUAAUGCUUCGACAACAACGAUAUCAACAACUACUACUACAUCAGAAACUACCACAUCUGCUACAACUACAUCGACAACUUCAGAAACUACUACGACAGGUAUUACUACGAGCACAACAUCUACAACAUCAGUAACUACACCUUCUACAAUAUCGAGCAUAACAAGUACAACAAUAUCGACUGCUGCCGCCGUAACUACAACAGGUGCUGGAGGAACAACUACAACAGCUGCUGGAGGAACAACUACAACAGGUGCUGGAGGAACAACUACAACAGGCGCUGGAGGAACAACAGCAUCAGGUGGUGGAGGAACAACAGCAUCAGGUGCUGGAGGAACAACAACAGCAGCAGGUUCUGGAGGAAUUGCAACCGGUGCAGGAUCAAGUCAGAGUUCGACGAAUGUAGGCGCCAUGGUAGGCGCAGCUUUUGGUGGUGCAGCUGCUGUAGCAAUCAUUGGCGGGAUUGCUUUUCUGGCGAAAAAACUGUUUUCGAAAACGACUUCGGCUGCUGUUGAAAUGGCCACUACAAGCAAAGAGAGUUUUCCUCUGUUACAACAAUCAUCUACAUCAUCAACGGGUCCUAAUUUAUCAUCGAAUGCUGGACCAAAUGCUGAUGGACGCAAUCGCCCACCCGGUCAAAUUAAGGUCAAGGAACAGUUCUAUAAUAUUCAUGUUAUCAAAUAA